UAUUUUACUACAGAUCUCAUACUAGCGUCGUACUAUAGCCAUCGUGUCAUUAUCAAGCUACUUCUCGGAAAGGGCGCCGAGAUCGAGGCGAAAGACAGUAUGGUCGGACUCCGCUAUCGUGGGCCGCCCGGAAUGAGCACGCGGCCAUCGUUAAGCUACUGCUCGAGAAGGGCGCCGAGUGUGAGGACGAAGAUGGUCGGACGCCGCUAUUAUGGGCCGUCCGGAAUAGGCACGAGGCCAUCGUCAAGCUGCUGCUCGAGAAGGGCGCCGACGUCGAGUGCAAGGACGAACGUGGUCGGACGCCGCUAUGGUGGGCCACCCGGUAUGGGCACGAGGCCAUUGUCAAGCUGCUUCAACGAAAAUCUCGAUAACUACAAGACCAUACUCUUCC